AUGAUUGAUGAAGUCAAGGAGCUCCUAAUUGAAGGCCCAACAUUUGUUACUGUCUCAGAUCCUUCUCUGCUUCCUCCCGGCCCAGAAUCCAUGCAAACACUAGAUUUUCAAGUUUAUGAUUCCACCACAUCAGCCAUGGACAAAAUCACGAAAGCUUUGAACGAUGAGAAUAUCAAGAUGGUUGGUGUAUAUGGGAUAGGAGGUGUUGGAAAGACAACCUUGAUGAGGGAGUUGGCAAAAAAGUUGAAAAAAGAUGGGCAUUUUGAUCAGGUUGUGAUGGUCACUGUGUCUCAAGAACCGGUCUUCAAGAAGAUCCAAGGAGAAAUUGCAGAGAACUUGGGUUUGCUGCUUACAGAAGAGUCACUCGAUGUGAGAGCAAGACGUUUAAUAGAAAGAUUGAGGAAAGAGAAACGAAUACUCAUAGUCUUGGAUGAUUUGUGGAAGCCAGUAGAUUUACUACGAGAGGUUGGCAUCCCCUGUGGAAACAACUGCAAAGUAGUUCUGACAACAAGACAGCUUGAAGUGUGCAGUCAAAUGGAAACCCAAAUCAAUGUUGAAGUCAAAGUUCUAUCGGAGGGAGAUGCAUGGAUUCUAUUCAAAUGGGCUUCUGGAGAUCGUAUAGAGAAUGGCAAUACUCUACAUGCGGCGGCAAAGGAUAUUGUUAGAGAGUGCAGAGGUUUGCCUAUAGCAAUCAUCACAAUUGGAAGGGCACUGCGACGUAAGGACCGAUAUGUGUGGGAAGAUGCGGGUAGCCAACUCAAGAAGUCAAGCUCAUCCCCACCGGAUAUUGAAGGUGUGAAUGAAAAAGUUUUCCACUCCAUAAAAUUGAGUUACGACUUUCUUGCCAGUGAAGCGACCAAACUUUGCUUCUUGCUUUGCUGUAUGUUUCCUGAAGACUUUUCUAUUUCUGAGGAUGAUUUGCUUCCUCGCGUCAUAGGGGAAGGGGUGUUUGGAGAUAUUAACACCAUUGUGGAAGCAAGGAAGAGGUUGCACAUGCAUCUGGAAAGACUUAAGGCAUCAUGCUUGUUAUUAGAUGCGGCCAGUGAAAGGGUAAAGGGAUGUGUAAAGAUCCAUGAUGUUAUUCGGGAUGUGUCAAUUUGGAUUGCAUCGCAAGAAGGUCGUGAUUUUGUUAUAAAAUCUGGGAGAGGAUUGAGACAAUAUUUACCAGAAGAAGAAGAUAUGGGGAAGCUAAGGAAAUGCAAGCGACUUUCACUAAUGCAAAAUAAAAUUACUGAGCUCCCCAAUCGGCUGCUGGAAGAAUAUUGCUCUAAUCAGCUUACAACCUUAUCCUUGAGGGACAAUUGGUUGUUGGCGGAAAUCCCUGAUGGAUUUUUUCAAGGGAUGCUAUCAAUUGAAGAAUCUAGAUCUGAGACGAACAGGUUUCUCUACAAUGCCAUCUUCAUUGUCAUGCUUAAUGGACCUUCGAGUGCUGUGUAUUUGUGA